AUGUACCAGACUGAAUUUGACCGCGAAGAGUACGGCCUUUUAUCUACUUGCAUUCUGCUCGAUUUCCAGAUUCUAUACGCGUUUCUUUCUUUUUAUUUAUCUAUAGUUUUCUUUUGUAUUAACCUCUCAGUCAAAUUUAUCUGCGCGGUUUACACCUUUUCUCUUAGUUUUCUUCUUCCGUUCUUCCUUCUCUACUAUUCACCUGUUUCCCCUAUUCUUUCUCUCUAUCUUUCUCAACUCUCUCUCUCUUAUCGACGGUUGUUUUUUCAUUGUUGGAUACUUUUGACGACAUUUCUUUACCUGAUUUACUUUCUUCUUUCUUUUCCUUCUCCACACUAUCUGUUUUUAUUUUCUUUCAUUCGUUAUGUUUCUUCAAUCCUUGUUCUUAUUUUCAUUGUUUUUCUUUCUUUCUUUCUUUCUUUCUUUCUUUCUUUCUUUCUUUCUUUCUUUCUUUCUUUCUGCCUUUCUUGUUCAGUCUUUCUUUUCUUUCUUGUUUCUUUCUUUCUUUAUUUUUUCUUUUUUUCUUGUUCUGGCUUUCUUUCUUGUUCUUUCUUUCUUUCUUUCUUUCUUUCUUGUUCUGUCUUUCUUUUCUUUUCUUUUAUUGUUCAGUCAUUCUUUUCUUUCUUUCUUUCUUGUUUGUUUGUUUGUUUGUUUCUUUAUUUAUUUAUUGUUCUUUCUUUCUUUCUUUCUUUCUUUCUUUCUUUUUUGUCUUCGUUCGUUAGUUCGUUCGUUCGUUCCUUUCUUUCUUCCUUCCUUGGAUUAUUCGCACGUUCCUUCCUUCGUGUUUUCGUUCGUUCAUUCCUUCGUUCCUUUGUUCUUUCGUUCAUUCCUUCGUUCCUUUGUUCUUUCGUUUCUUUGUUCUUUCCUUCUUUCUUUCCUUCGUUCCUUCGUUUCUUUAUUCGUUCAUUCGUUCAUUCGUUCAUUCGUUCGUUCCUUCGUUCCUUAGUUCUUUCGUUCGUUCGUUCCUUCUUUUGUUCAUUCGUUCUUUUUUACCUAUCUAUCUAUCUAUCUAUCUAUCUAUCUAUCUAUCUAUCUAUCUAUCUAUCUAUGUCAAUCCCUUCACAUCUAUCUAUCUAUCUAUCUAUCUUUAUACACCAUUAUAUAAUCAUUAACUCUAUCUAUCUAUCUAUCUAUCUAUCUAUCUAUCUAUCUAUGAGAAUGCCUUCAGAUCUAUCUAUCUAUCUAUCUAUCUUCAUACACCAUUAUAUAAUCAUUAAAUCUAUCUAUCUAUCUAUCUAUCUAUCUAUCUAUCUAUCUAUCUAUCUAUGUCAAUGUCUUCAGAUCCUUCUAUCUAUCUAUCUAUCUAUCUAUCUAUCUAUCUAUCUAUCUAUCUUCAUACACCAUUAUAUAAUCAUUAAAUCAAUCUAUCUAUCUAUCUAUCUAUCUAUCUAUCUAUCUAUCUAUCUAUCUAUGUCAAUGUCUUCAGAUCCUUCUAUGUAUGUAUGUAUGAAUGUAUCUAUCUAUCUAUCUAUCUAUCUAUCUAUCUAUCUAUCUAUCCAUGUCAAUGCCUUCAGAUCCUUCUAUCUAUCUAUCUAUCUAUCUAUCUAUCUAUCUAUCUAUCUAUCAAAUAACAGAAUAGAUCUAUCUGACAACAGAAUAGAUCUAUCUAUCUAUCUAUCUAUCUAUCUAUCUAUCUAUCUAUCUAUCUAUCUAUCUAUCUAUCUAUCUAUCAGAUAUCUUGUGUAG